CUUCCUCUGAUCAAGAAGGCAACGGGGAAUUCAGCCAUAGGAUGAUGAUCAGACAGACGUGAGCAACCAGAAGACGAUCGACUGAAGAAUAAAGAAAGAUUCAGAGGAGAAAACAGAAUAUCAACAUGUCGACCGCUGUGAUUGUUGCUCACAAUCCUCGCAGGAGACAGAGCAUAGACCAACCUCCUUUCAUGAGGAUUGUUCUGCUGGGGAAGAGUGUGUCAGAAAACAGUCGAGUGGGAAACUUCAUAUUAGGACGAGCAGCGUUUGACAGUGAAGCUCCUCCAGAUGUUGUAGAGAGAGUCGGAGGAAGAUUGAAGGACAGACACGUGAUCCUCAUCAACAGUCCUCAGCUGCUCGAAACACACCUGUCACUUCAUCAGAUCACGAAGACCGUGAGAGAGUGUGUGUAUCUGUCAGAUCCAGGACCUCAUGUGAUCGUUCUGCUCCUCAAACAUGAACAGUGUUCAGCAGAAGAUCAAGAGUGUGUGGAGAAGGUGCUGGACUCUUUCUCUGAGCGGGUUUAUCAACACACCAUGGUGCUCACGACACAAGAGCCGACUGAAACCGACGACAUCCUACAGAAAAUCAUUCAGAAAUGCUGCAACAGACGCUUCAGUCUUCAGGGAAACAGCUCUCCUGAUGAUCUUCUACAGACGUUUGAGGACAUUAAGCAAAUGAAUGAUGGACGGCAUCUGGAUUGUGCUGAAGCUUCACAGUGUUUCAUAACGAAGCAACAGGACACAGAAAUACUUUCAGAAGGGGAGAAGCUGAAUCUGGUUGUGUGUGGGAGCGACGGCACAUUAAAGUCCUCCAUAUCAGAGCAGAUCCUGCAGCAGACAGACAAAAGAUCAGACGUUGAUCUUCAUGGUCGUGUGAUCCGUCUAGUGGAGCUUCCAGCUCUGUUCAACACUCGACUCUCAGAGCAGGAAGUGAUGCGUCAGACUCUCCGCUGUGUGUCUCUCUGUGAUCCUGGAGUUCAUGUUUUCCUCCUCAUUAUUCCUGACACUCCACUCAAUAAUGAAGACAAAGCAGAAAUAGAGGAGAUCCAGAGGAUCUUCGGCUCCAGAAUCAACAAACACAUCAUGAUCCUCAUAAUGCAGAAUUCAGAGCAUCAGACAGCAGAACUCAAUGAGGAAACACUGUCUGCCAUUGAGAGGUUUGGAGGACGACACCAUUUCUUUGGUCCCACCACACAAGUGUCCACAUUGAUGGAGAACAUUGAGAAGAUGCUGGAAGAAAACAGAGGAGAGUUUUUCUCUAUAGAGACAUUUCUGGAGGCACAGAUGAAAAAACUGAUGAAAUAUGAAGAGAUGAAAAAGAAAAGUCAUUCACUAGAGACACAUUUAUUCUCACAAGACAGUGAAGAUGAACUGAGGAUUGUGCUGCUAGGAAAAACUGGAGUUGGGAAAAGCGCCACAGGAAACACCAUCUUAGGAAGAAAUGCUUUUAAAGCCGAGGAAUCUUUUGAAUCAGUGACCAGUGAGAGUCAGAGAGAAACAUCUGACAUCAACGGUCGACGUGUCACUGUGAUCGACACUCCAGGACUGUUUGAUACUGAACUCACUAAUGAAGAGAUCCAGAGAGAAAUCAGACACUGCAUCUCCAUGAUCCUGCCUGGACCGCAUGUGUUUCUCUUACUGAUUCCACUGGGACGAUUCACUAAAGAAGAACAAGAAUCAGUGAAGAUCAUCCAAGAGACGUUUGGUGAGAAGUCUUUAAUGUUCACCAUAGUGCUCUUCACCAGAGGAGAUGAUCUGAAGAACAAAACCAUUGAUCAGUGUUUGGGAAAACCUGGAUCUGUGAUCAGAAACCUGAUUGAAGUGUGUGGAAACAGAUAUCAUGUGUUCAAUAAUAAUCAGACUGAAGACCGAACACAGGUGACUGAUCUACUGGAGAAGAUAGACAACAUGGUGAACGCAAACGGAGGGAGUUUCUACUCGUGUAAGAUGUUCAGACAGAUGGAGAGAGAACAACAAGAACAACAGAUGAAGAUCCUGAUGGACAGAGUGGAGCAACUGAACAGAGAAAGAGAAGAACUGAUGAAGAAACAAGAGGAAGAGAAAGAGAGAAUGAAGAUCACGAUGGAGGAAGAACAACAGAAUCAUGAGAAAGAGAGAAAGAGAAGAGAAGAGGAACUCAAAAGAGAAAUAAGAGAACAAGAGAAACUUCAGAGAGAGAUACGAGACGAGAUGAGACGAGAACAAGAGACAUUUAAACAUGAAAUAGAGGAAAUGAAGGAAGAAAAAGAGAAACUUCAGAUCAAAUACAACACAGAAAUAGACAGAAUGGAGAAUCAGAUGAAGAAAAGACUAGACGAAUAUACAGAAAGAGAAGAACAAUAUAAAACACAAAUAAAAGAGAAAGAGAGAGAGAUCAGAGAGGAGAUGAAGAGAGAGCGAGAGGAAUGGGAGAAACAGAAACUAGAGGAAAAGAUGAGAAGAGAAGAAGAGGAUGAGAAAAGAAGAGAGAAAGAACUGAGAGUUUGGGAUGAAUUUAAUGAUCGACUGAAACGAGAGAGAGAGAGAAUGGAAAGAGAGAAAGUAGAUCUUCAAUCUAAACAUGAAGAAGAAGAAAACAAGAUGAAGAUCCUGAUGGAGAAAAUGACCAGCGAAAGAGAAGAACUGAUGAAGAAACAUGAAGAAGAGAAAGAGAGAAUAAAGAUGAAGAUGGAGGAAGAACGACAGAAUUAUGACGAAGAGAGAAAGAGAAGAGAAGAGGAAGAUAAAAAGAUGAGGGAGAGAGAAAAACAGAUUUCUGAUGAACAGAUUCAGAGACUCAAGAGUGAAAUGGAGGGAAUAGUCAGAGAGAAAGAAAGAAUAGAAAGAGAGAGACGAGAACAGCUAGAGGAUUUAGAGAAGAGUCUGAAAGAAGAAAGAAACAUGAGAGAAGAUCAACAAAAGUCUUUUAAAGAGAAACUGAAACUCCAUGAAGAACAGCAUGAAGAUGAACUGAAGAGAAGACGAGAGGAGUGGAGAGAGGAAUAUGAGAGAGAGAAAGAGAUGAAGAUCUGCACUGAAACUGAUGAUUCACUACAGGGAGACACAGCACAUCUAUUUCGCAGACUUCAUCUUCACAGGAACAAUAACCUGAGAGUUGCAGAUGUUCUUCAGAUAACUGAACAUUCAUUACAGUCCCAAGAGUCUUGUGCUGAAGAGGAACUGAGUCAGACGUUCAUUCAAAAACUACUGAUGAUGAACUACAGAGCAAGAUACAUCAGUGUUAAAGAGAACAAUGAACAGGAUCAAACACAACAAAGAGACACUGACUCAUCUGAAGACAUUGGUGAUAUAUUCCAAGCAGUGUCAGUGUCUAACAAAGGAACAAAUCAAUCUGAUUGCAUUCACCCGAUGGAUGUUCAAAUGGCCGUGUUUCAUUGUGCUGAUGGUUUCCUGAAUCAGUUGAUGGUCACUAAACUGUCCCAGUGUCAGUACGCUCUGCCUCUGCUUGUUCCUGAUCCAGACACACAACAGAUUGAGUUUCCUCUCUGGACAUUCAGACAAAUCAACAAGAGCUGGAAGAGGAGAACCACCAACAAUGAAAUCAUCAGUCAAAUCCAGCCAAUCUACAAGGCAGAAACUCCAAUGGUCUGUUUCUUCAGGUUUGGCUCUGUGUCUUCAUCCAAGUCUCAGCUGAUGAACAGUCUGAUCAAUGAGAAACACAACACGUUCUUCCACAGGAACUGUCCAGGCAGCAGCAGAACCAGAGUCCUGAUGGAU